GUUAGUUUGUGUAUAUGUGUAUGUAUGCCAACCAAUUGUGUCGUAGUUAACUGUAUGUAUUUGUACCUAAUUGAAUAAUUUUAUAACAAAGAUCAUUUUAGAACCUUAGAAUUUCACUGUUUAGAUAUGAUCAAGCAUAAUUAAUUGACCUUGGAAACUAAAUCUAAUAGUCACAAUAAAUGUAUUCAGAACAAUACCAAAUGAUCUAAUCAAUAGUCAUCUCAUGAAUUCAGAUCAUUCUGAAUCGUUAUCACAACAACAAAGUACAAUUAUAAGUGAUAAUCCAAAAAUCAAUGAUUCAAAUACAAAAUUAAAUGAAUCCAUGAUUUAUACAGGUUUUUGGCAUCGAUUAUUUAGAAAAUCAAAAAGUUCAGACAGUGAAUCAUCACAUCUCAAUUCACCCAUUAUCAAUGAACAACAGAAUAAAUUAAAUAUACAAUCAGAUCAUUUACAAAAUCAUAUUUCAUAUCAACAUACUACUAAUAGACUACUUACAAAUGAUGAAACAGGCGUUUCUAGACCAGUUUCCAUAGAAUAUAAUAAUGAUAAUAAUUAUACUACUACAAAUAAUAAUAGUAGUAUAAAAAAUUACAAAAAAACAUUUGAACGUAAACAUUUUACAGAAUAUGGACAUCAUCAAUUUCAAAUUACUUCAUUAUCUAGUAGAAAACAACGUUUAUUACGAAAUCAUCCAUCUUAUCAGCAUAAUACAACACCAAUCAAUAAUAUGGAUCAAUCAAUGAAUGAAAGACAAUACAUUUCUGCUACUACUAUUAAUACUACUGAUUCAACGAAUAUAAGUAGUCAAAUGAAUUCCGAUAAAACAAAUUUCAAUCCAUGUAAUUUAUUAAAAAGUGAAUCAAAAAGUCAAAAUUAUUUAGAUUUAGAUCAAUCUCCAAAAAUGCGUUAUGUACGUAAAUUGAAUACAUUUGCUAGUGUACCAGAUUUAACUAAAAAACCAAUACGUAGUGCAUUAAAAGGAAGUCGUAAUAGCAGUGUACAUCGAUCAAUACAUGAACAUGAACAUGAAGAUGAACAUGUUACUAUGUCACCAAAUCCUUUAAAUUCUGAUUCAUUUUCAUUAACACCACCAACACCAAAUGAAAUAAGAUAUUUAUUCAAUGAUCAAUUAAAUGAUUUAUCCAAUACAAUUAUGAAUACGAAACCAAUGAUUAAAACAAAUUUCAAAACAUUCAAUGAUUCAAAUGAGUUACCAAGUCAAUUAGAUUUAUCUAAUAAAAAUAAUCUUAACAUUGAAUAUAGUGAAUAUUCACCUGAAUUAAAACGAUUAAAUAAGAACUAUUAUGAAUCAUUUCAAGAAGAUAAGAAAGAAGAAGAAGAUCAUGAAGAUGACAUGAAGAAUUCAAAGAAAGUAAACAUAACAUAUGAUAAUGAAACGAAUGAUAAUAUAAUUGAGAAUAACGAUAUGAUAGAAGAUGAUAAUGAAGAUAAUGUUGAUUCAAAUGCAUUAACUCCACGAUUUCAUUCAAAACUCUUGAGACGUGAUAGUAUGGAAUGUUACCUUGAGACAAACAAAGCACAUGAUGUACGUCAUGAAAGGGAUCAUUCUCUUUCCGAUCUUACUGAAGAUGUGAUAAACGGAAACCAUUCUUUUGGUGAUUCAACAAAUGGAACGACUGACUUAGUAGAGGAGGAAGAAGAAAAUACGAGUGAUGAUGAUGACGACGACUGUGAAAAUAGUGCCGAUUCCUUGUCCAAUUCAAUAAAAGAUGAGUACUCACCUAAACCUUUGAUAACUGAAGUACUUUCACCUUCUUUAUGUGCCAGUGGUUAUGGUCCAGUUGGGCACUUGUUAACAAGAUGGUUACCUCAAAGACAUUUCUGUGAAUUAUUAAUUGGAAGCAAUGAAAGUCCAGAUACUUCAGAAGAGGCUAAAUGGUUAAGAAGAAAGGAGUUAUUAAAAGAACUUGCUAGAACUUCAUCUAUCUAUACAGAAGGUAUGACACAAGAAAUGUUUAUGUUAAGAUUUUCUGAAUUCGUUGAAGUACAAGAAUUGGAACCAUGUGAUCGCAGUGCUGAUAAACCAUGGAUAAGAUUAACAUCAAAAGAUAAAGCACAGAUUCGUAGAGAGUUAAAUGAUUACAAAAUGGCUGAAAUGGAUGUACAUCAAGACAGUCGACAAUUCACCAGAUUUCAUCCUCCGUAAAUAUUUGUGUAAUAACUCAAUCAAGAUGGGCAAACUCUAUUCCAUCUUACCGAAUUCAUCUUUUUCAUGUAUGUACAUCUGUGUAUACCAUCCUCCACAUAACUGUCUAUGAGUAUGUAUGUGUACGGAUGUGUAUACAUGUCAAUGAAUAAAUAUGAACCCAAUAAUAACUAAUCUGUUGUAUAAUAAAGAAACUAUUUGUUCUAUGAAUGAAUCAGAAUUUCAUCUCAUUUCUAUAGAGUGAUCCAAUUAUUCAUUUACAUACAUCAAAAGAGGAUCAUCUUCGAUUAUUAAUAACACAUUAAAACUAAUUGUAUAUAACUUAUCAAUGUAUCUCUAGUAUGAAUUAGGUGUUGCAAAUUGAUGGAAACCUUUUACAAAAACAGAACAGUUCAAAAAGAGAAUUCACAUUGUGUAUGUAUGUUUACAUUAGCAACUAAAGGGAACUAAAACACACACACGCACACAAAGAAAAUGAUGUCGCCAAACAACAUGAAUCAUUCAUAACAGUCAUAUUCUCUUUUUGUUUGCUUUUUCUUUCAUCAGUUGAGAGAGAGAAAAAAAAGGAACAUAAUUGACCAUUAUAUUUCGAUGUAUUAUAAAUUACAAUUUCGAUUUUCGUAAUUCAUUUAUUUACAACAACAAAAAGGUGAUAUAGACAUAGUUACAAUUCAUUGAUUUUGGUGUAAUUUUUAAAUAGAUUGUAACUAUGCAAAUAUUUAAAAUGUCCCCUGACAACAACAAAUUUAUUUGUAUAUAAAUGUUUUAAUAAUAAAGAAACGAAAAAAGAAAGAAAAGAACAGAAGAAUUCAAUAAUACAAUUUGUUCUAUCAAUAAAGAGAUAAUGGUCUAGCAAUGCAAUUCAGUAAUUCAUUAUAUUUUGGUGGAGUUUUGUUCUCUGAGCUGGAUAGUUUGGUCGUGGAGCUUUCAUCGUUCUUCUGAACGACAUCAUCAUCAGCACAAACUUCAGAUAGAAGUGAAGUGUUCGAAUUUCUCCACGUGUUUCACAGCUUGUUCUGUGUACCUCGAUGUUGAUUGGUUCUUAUUGACCUUAAAUUUGUCAUUGUUUACUUCUUUGUCUUGGUUGUCUCCCAUUGGUGUUUGAUUUUUUGUUCCUAUAUUUAUGCAUGAUUUUCCUGAUUGGUUGAUAAAUUGGAUUGAUUUUAAUAUGUUUGUUGAUUGCUCUGAGGGCCAGGCUUCUAAAAAUUAUCUGGUGUUUUUGGAGUUUCCUCUGUCUAAGAUUUCCACAUUUUUCCAAUCGAAUGAGUGUCUGAGGUUAUCCAAGUGUAUUGAUAUGAGUGAGGAGAUACCAUGGCGUUUGACUGCUAAUUGAUGUUUAUGUAGGCGAAGGUGAACGGGGCGUCCGCUUUGUCCGAUGUAGUGUUUUUCGCAGUUAGCACAAUUUAUUUUGUAGAUGAUGUUUGAUUUGUUUUCCUUUGUUAUUUCAUCCUUUGGUUUGCAUAGGAUUGAUCCUAUGAUAUAUCCUCACUCGUUUCAAUACACGUGGAUAACUGCGGACACUCAUUCGAUUGGAAAAAUGUGGAAAUCUUAGACAGAUGAAACUCCAAAAACACCAGAGAAUUUUUAGAAGCCAGGCACUCAGGUCCACGAUCAAACCAUCCAGCUCAGAGAACAAAACUCCACCAAAAUCAUUCAACUGAGCUACAAAUCUUCGCCACCGUCUCAAAAUCCAUAAUGUAUUUUUGUGUAUAAAGCUUGUGAUUCUGAAGACUAUCGAAACAGUUCACACAGGAUUUGAUUGUUGUUACAGAAUACCAACAUAUUAAAAGUUUAUGUAGUUGCAGAAGGAAGUUCAGAUGAUUUAUUAGACAUAAC